CCAGUCUGGCAGCGCCGCCGGUCGGCCGGGCCGAGUACGGCGCGCCCCCGCCGCUGCCGGCCGAGCAGCGGUUCUCGCUGUCGCGCCUGCCCGAGCCGCCGAUCGCCGUCACAGACAUCGGACCCAUCCCGCCGCCGCCCAUGUUCUCGAACGGGGCGCCGGCGCCGCUGGUGCCGCCGCCGCCGCCGGCCGGCGCGGCGGCCGGGGCCUCGGUCAGCACGGCCGUGCCGCUCGACCUCAGCGACCCGCGCUACGACGACCUCGAGGAGGAGGAGGUGGUGUGCGGCGAUUACGACGACGACGACGACGAGUACUACCCGAUGGCGUCCGGCGCGUCGGGUCGUGGCGACGAGCCGCCGCCGCGCGAGCCGCGGCUCGACCUCAAGCCGCUCAAGUCGGCGCUGAAGAAGCCGCGCGCUGCGGCGCCGGAGCCGCCGCCGCCGCCGCCGGCGGCAGGCGCCCAGAGCCCAGCGCGGCCUCUCACCGUGCGUCAGGAGACAGCACCGUCAUUCCGCUUCGGCGGCGGCGACCGGCAGGCGAACAAGGAGAACCAGCCGUCGGCGGCGGCGGCAGCGGCUGCGGCGGCCGCCGCCGCCGCCGCUGCCGCCGAGGACAGCGACGACAGUGACGGGCCCAUCCCGUACCGCGACGACGACGAGGAGGCCGGCGAGAGCGGCGUGCUGACGCGGCUCGGCUCGCGCGUGCAGCGCACCGACAGCCUGGCCGUGAAGCUGGCGCUGCGGCCCGGCCGCCAGGAGCUGAUCGACCGCAACAUCAUCCACGUGCAGACGGAGCAGGACCGCACCGACUGGCGCAGCGAGCUCAGCGCUAAGCUGAACCGGCGCCUCAGCCUGCGGCCUACCGCCGAGGAGCUGGAAGAGCGUAACAUCCUCAAGAAGAUGUCUCAGGAGGAGUCGCAGCGUGACAUGGAGAACAAGAAGGCGACCCUGCUGCGAAAGCUCAGCUUCCGUCCGACGGUGGAGGAGCUCAAACAGCGCAAGGUGAUCCACUUCAACGACUACGUGGACGUGACGCAGGCGCACGAGUACGACCGUCGCGCCGACAAGCCCUGGACGCGCCUGACGCCGCGCGACAAGGCCAUGAUUCGCAAGGAGCUGAACGACUUCAAGUCGUCCGAGAUGGACGUGCACGAGGAGUCGCGGCACCUGACGCGCUUCCACCGGCCUUGAGUGGCCCGCUGUGAUAGCCGCGCCCCCUUGUGAUAGCCUCCGUCUGCCGCGACCAGCCGCCAGAGACAUCUGUCGGCGGCGGCGUGCAAACAAAGUGCGCGUGGCGGCCGCCCGGUGCGCGCGGCGCGACGUCAUUUGUAUCAUCGCGUGACAGUUGGUCGCGCACCACAUCAUGAUCGCGGGCGGUUCGUAUCAUUGAUCAGGUGUGUUUGAAGGGGUGUGAUGAUGUGAAAGCGUCCACGAUACAUUGUAGCCGUGAAUCAGGUGUGUAGGCCUUAACUCUUGUCCUGUCCCUCUGUUAGUAGAUUAUUUAAUCAUCCUCAAAGCUAAUUCCAGCGUCGGAUCCAUCUGCGCGUCCAUGAAAUGUCCAUUUGUCACUCGCAAAAUGUCACUGGUUUAAGCGCUCGCCAUGUGCAGAAGUACCGGCGCUAUGUAAAAAUAAUUUUGUCGAUGUAAUAUCUGUUUAUACUUGUUUUAAUAAAGGCAUUGUCUUCCGCAUUGA